CUCCUGCUUCCUAGCAGUUUCCUUCUCGCCUUUGCGACUAAUUGUACGCGUGAUUAAUUUGUGAGUGCUCGUUGAUCUGAUUGCUUGCUGAUACCUUUGCACCAUAUGCUCCGUCAGUUUCUUCUCUCCCUUUUUUCCUUUUCUUCUUUUUGGGCGGGGAAUAUGCUCCGUCAAUUCUUCGUCAAAAGUUGGAAGGGAUUGGAGAUAUAUGUUACCCAACGGGUCGGAAGAUUCGACGACGGCCUUUACUUCACCAGUAUCCAUUCUAGCCCGAGAAACGAGAGCAUUCUCUUCUUUUUUCUGACCAAGCACAUUCUCGUCUCUGCACCAUGGUUGAACUGUCGAAACUUAAUGAAAUUAGAGAGACACUGAAAAGUUGACGACCGAGGUGCCGCUUAGGUUUAAGCAGUACUGUAUUAGUUUUUGCGUUAACAUGGACUGCUGUGUAACACAUCUUGUCGUUUCGAACGGGAAGUAGAUCGAAAUACAAUACUUUUGAAUGCGUUUCUUUCUACACAGCUUCCUCUUGAUUGUGUGGCUAUGAUAAGGAUGGAUGGUGUGGUUUUGGCCUGGCAGCCGUUGGGGCUCUUUUGACGACCAACAUGAUCGCAUUUUUUUUUUAAGGAAACAUGAUCACAUUAGGUUCUAAAAUAUUUAAUUUGGUCAGUUGGGUCUGACUCUGUUCCACUCGUGUGACCAUUAAUGAACCACAAAUGUUAGUGCAAAUCAGUCAAGGUACUUUAUACUAGUAUAGUACUAUAUAUUAACCUAUCCCCCACGCAAAAAAGAAAAAAAAUUAUCAGGGAAGCAAACAACCCCUGUAAAAUGUACUCCCUCUUGGACAAGCAAGCUGGAUCCCUCGUGGAUCGCACAAAACAACAAAUCCUGGAUUCAUUUUUUUUUUGAGGGGACAAAUCCUGGAUUCAUCAUCCCUGGAUUUGUGUUAGCAGCCCCGUUCACUAAUCUCUCCAUGGCACGGCUAGAGGGAAUGGCCUGGCCCACACAGCUGCUAAAAUGUUGCAAACCAGGGCAAGCCCAUGACGGCCCACAGAAACGGCCUAACAGUAACAGCAGGCCAGCAGCCUAGGAGAAGGCCUUAAUAAUUUGCCAUGGCGACGAAACUUUACCAAUGCAGAGCAUUCGUAGUCAUCUCUUGUUGCAGGCUAUACAUCAUGAGCUUUUGUUGUCCAGCAAGUACAGUAUCUAUUAAUACUGGCCAUUAAGUUAGCAUGAGUCCAUGCGUGUAUACAUGGUUUCAGCCAAUUGCACUGGUGGGUAUCAAGUAUCAUGAGAUAACAUCUUUAUAGCAUUUUAUCGGAAUACCGAAUUGAAGUCAUAACGCGACAGGGAAGCAAAGGAAAAUCGCAAAGUACUACGAGAAGCAGGAGAGCCUUCUGAAGGAUUUCAGCGAGAUGGAGAGCAUGAAUGAGUUUGGUUGCUUGGAUCAAACCAGUGCUCCAACUGAGGAUGAGCUGCGGCAACUGGCCAAGAGCGAAAGGCGGGCCAUCAACCUGUCGAACGCGAUCAACCUGAUCCUGUUCGUGGGCAAAGUCGUGGCGUCGAUCGAGACCGUGUCGAUGGCGGUGAUCGCCUCGACGCUGGACUCGCUGCUGGACCUCCUGUCAGGGUUCAUCCUGUGGUUCACCGCGCACGCCAUGAAGAAGCCCAACAAGUACAGCUACCCCAUCGGCAAACGGCGCAUGCAGCCAGUGGGCAUCGUGGUGUUUGCGUCGGUGAUGGGUUGCCUGGGGUUCCAGGUGCUGAUCGAGUCCGGGCGCGAGCUGAUCACGCAGGAGCACCAGGAGUUCGACACCCGGAAGGAGCUGUGGAUGGUGGGCAGCAUGUCGUCCGUGGCCGUGGUCAAGUUCUUCCUGAUGCUCUACUGCCGGACAUUCAAGAACGAGAUCGUCCGCGCCUACGCCCAGGACCACUUCUUCGACGUCAUCACCAACUCCGUCGGCCUCGUCUGCGCCCUCCUCGCCGUCCGCUUCAAGUGGUGGAUGGACCCCGUCGGCGCCAUCCUGAUAGCGCUUUAUACGAUCACGACGUGGGCUCGGACGGUGCUGGAGAACGUGGGGGCGCUGAUCGGGAGGACGGCGCCGGCGGAGUACCUGACGAAGCUGACGUACCUGAUCUGGAACCACAGGGAGGAGAUCAGGCACAUCGACACCGUGAGGGCCUACACCUUCGGGACGCACUACUUCGUGGAGGUGGACGUGGUGCUCCCCGGGGACAUGCCGCUCAGCCAGGCGCACGACAUCGGGGAGACGCUGCAGGAGAAGCUCGAGCAGCUGCCCGAGGUGGAGCGGGCCUUCGUUCAUGUCGACUUCGAGUUCACCCACCGACCCGAGCACAAGGCCGAUGUCUAGUUGGCUCUCUUUUGCCCGGCUGGCCUGCCUGCCUGCUUUUUUUGCCAAUCGUUUUCUGUUCGUUUCGUUUUCGAGCUUGGCUUGGCUGGAAGUAAGUAUUGUAGCACGCAGGGCAGGUUAUGCAAGUUGUAUGAUGAUAACAAACAAUCUGAUAUGCAAGGUCAUGUCUGGUUUAUAUCUA